AUGGGGGGCGAUAAGCUCUUUCGACUUUUCUCAAAAAUAUCAAGAAGGAUCUGGUUGAGAAGAAACGGUUGGAUUUAUGAUAAAACCUUCUCUCACCCGAACCAGAUCUCUCAUGAUGCGGAAAUAGCAGUGCAGGACUACGAGAAAGCGAAUGCCGUGGAACACAAAAAAAUUCUGGAGAGACGGGAGCAACCUCCCAGGUGGGGUAAACCAACUAGAGGAUGGAUGAAAGUGAAUGUUGAUGCAGCUCUCAACAAGAAAGAAGGCAAAAUGGGCUUUGGGCUAGUCAUGCGUGACCAUGAAGGUAGAGUCGUAGUGGCUAAAAGCAUUGUGCGGUUGGGAACGUGGGACUCAGCAGCUGCGGAGGCAUUAGCAGCCUAUUUUGGCGGCAUAUCUGGUCAUGAACAAGGAGUACAGCAACUAAUUCUAGAAGGAGAUGCAAAGCAAAUUAUCGAAGCCAUUAAAGACGAAGGCCAAAAUCUUAGUCUGUUAGGCCAGUUGAUUGAGGAUGUCAGGAUUGGGCUUAAUGCUAUUCCUAUGUGGAAUGUAGAGCACGUACAUCGUGAGGCGAAUAAGGUGGCUCAUAGACUAGCUAAAUUGGCUCUUACACAAGCCAAUGAUAUUGUAUGGUUGGAAGAGGAACCUCCUUGUAUUAGAGACAUUGUAUUGACAGAGCAAUUGCUUUGUCAAUGA